CACAUAGAGGUGCUGAUGGAUGAAAACACCUAAAACGACGUGAUAACCGCUUUCAGGUUACAAUCCUCUCUGAUUACGGUUACAGAAAAUGCAGCAGCCUUUAUUUUUGUGGACGAAAGAAGUCACGGCGGACGGCCGCAAUUUAUAGCUUUAGUUCCCGCUCGCGGCGACCGGUGUAGGUUUGAUCUCGUGUCGGUCCGUAUUUUAAUGAGCGAUUAGACUCCGAAAAGUGACUCCGCGCGGUCAUUAUCGCGAAUGUCGUAUAACGUGUUGUGCGGCACGACUUGUGCCUUCGUCGUGGUGUAUCAAACAUCGUAUAUUUCAUCGCGAGAACACGCCAAUACUGUCAACGUUGACACUGGCGAUUCACGUUUGCCGAAACUCGCGUGUUUCAAGUGGAUUUCUCACCGAAGUGUAUCCGGAAUGCCUAAUUGUCAUCAACCAUUUGGAUUAGCUGAAUUCGCCCAAUCGUCGAUAAGGAGUGUGGUUGUGGGAAGUGCGUGCGGGCUCGCCACUCGAGAUGGCGUUACCGUGUCUGUCGUGUCGCGUUACGGCCGUGAUACGCGUGUACGUACUACUCUGCCGUGGUACUGCUAAAAUGGCCGCGACCGUUUCCGCGAAUUCGAGUGCAGUGUUGUGAGUGUACGUGCAUUUCGACGAGUGGACCAUCACCUGGCGAGGACCUCGCCGUCGCAGGAGGCUAUCCGAAGGCGUGAUCAACAAUUCUGCGCGGCUGGUGAGUCAUGACAUUUUGUAUGAGACGAGAUCGGGCGACGUGACGGUCGCGCGGAUGCCGCGGCGAGUCUUAUCAUCAGCUGUCAUCGCGGCUCCUUUCGCGUCCCCGGUCGCUCCGUUCCCCGCGUGACACGCGUGUAAUCUCGCCGUUCGCGAAUCGUUCCCCCUCCCCCCCUCGAUUCGUAAUUCUCACGCGUGCUUUCGCUUCCGUCCCGUGCGGACAUCACGUACGUGCAUUUCCUACGUACGGUGCAGUCUGCGCAAACGCGCCGGUUGAGGUUCGAUGUCCGCUGCGCUCCGACCUCGCUUGACGUCACUCGCUGACAGCGGUUGUCACCUGUUCCCGAUGACGUCACUGACAACGAUGACGUCAGCAGUCCCGUAGUGCUCCCAAAACGUCGCGGCGGUUUCCCUAUCCCGAUCCCUGGCCCUUGUUAACACCUGUUCGUAUCACGGACCUUGCGCCCGGUUCCGCCGUAUCGUCGGUACAUUAGAUCUGUCCAGAAAUUGCAGAGAAUAACGUAUAAAUUUUACAAUUUUUUGAGUUAUUAAAUGGAUGCUGCCGAAUAAGAAAUAUUUUUUAUUCUUAAUGAUAAAGGAAAAAGGUUUUUGUCAGAGGAAAGAGAGAAAAAGAUAUAAUCGUUAUGAUUAAUGAAUAAUGCCCGCACAUGUGGCAGGUGUGGCAUAUAUCCACUUAUAUUUAAAUUUCGUAAAUAUCACAAAAUCUUCCCGCUACUUUUUAUCGUACGAUUUAACAUGUCGCCGCAUUAACUAAUUUAGAGCGUGGCAAAAUUGUCGUGACACACGUUGCACAAAGCUGCGCGAAGGCGGGAAGGUAUCUCUCCUGGAACAGGAUACAUUGUAAAAUAACCGAAGAUUAAGGGCAUCGCGCAUUAUGCGAAAUAUAUAGUCAGAAAUAUGUAGUCUCUACUGAGCUGUGACAUCAUACCCGUGGUAUGACGUAGGCGAGAGAGCCAUAAUACAGAUAAAGCCGGGGCAUUACGCGAUGCUUACGUCAGAUGGCGAUCUACGCGAUUGCAUCACCGAGCGUCAUGAUGUUGCAUAAGGCAAAGCAACAUUCUUGUUAAGGACCCGUUACUUGCAGAUGCUGAACUAAGUGCUUUACCAUAUUCUCCGAAAUGUCGAGACGCGCCCUGACACUUACGCUUUAAAGUCGUCAUGAAAGAAAAAAAAGAUAAAACAAUUUGUACAAUUUUUUUUCCAAUAUUUUAAAAUUCCAAAAUUAAGAAUGGGAGUGUCGAGUGUAUUGGGGUAUUCUUAUAAAUUAUUCUAGACUCGUUUUUUAAUACUCUUCAAAAAAUCACUAAUUAUAUUAAAAUUUAAUAUAAUUAGUAACAUUUAGUACCAAAUUUAGUAUUUGCUAUAUUUUUUUUAAUUUAAUGGAGCUUUGUUUAUUCAGAUUUGCGUGAGUGCGGAUUAUUAUUUCUCGGG